GGCUGCGCAUGCGCUGUGGUCCUUUGCCGAAACGCAUGCUGAUGAAAUAGCACGGUUCGCGGACCAGGCGGCAGGGCCCACUUUCAAAGUGUACAACAGCAGCAGAUAUAGGAACCGGACACACUUCCUCCCAGCAAGUAAGAAUCUGCUGCUUCUACUCAAUUAUUCCUCAUAUAGAACACGUUAAAUGGUUGGUAGGUCGGGGGAACCUGCCGGCUUUAUUCACUAAACUCCGAGUUCUAGCGAGUUAAGACUCGAAGGACAAAUAAGGCUAAAAUGAGCUGAUCUAGGAAAAUUGGCCAACUAGGCUAUCGCCACUGUUUAGUUAUUGUAGCCCAAUGUUUGGUAUUUAGAUUUCAUUUUUGCACUUUAGUCAAUUUGUCGAUUUUUAAAAUUUUGUUUAAUUUUUUUUUUUUUUUUAUCCCAGUGUUAGCAUUUUCCUAAUCUUUUAUCACCACUAGCAGAGGUGUUUUUUCAAGUACUCCUGAUAUCCACUUGGUUUUGGAGAAGUUAUCUCUGAUUCUCGUUUAUUCAGCAGUGCUUUCCAUUUUCCGCUUGUUUGAGCAGUCAUCAAUUUGUUCGUCUUUGCCUGGUUUGCUUCAUCAGGAUGGCAAAGUUCAAGCUAAAAUAGCUCAUCUAGAAAAAGUGUAUACAAAUUCGUCAUAUUCACAAGUUUUCGAUUUCUGUUUUUUUUUUAAACCGGAAUUUUGUCAGAAUUCGGACUUUAGUAAAUGAAACUCCAUUUGCUCAUCAAAUUUCUAAUUUUUACUUAAUUGACACUGACAACAUUUCAUAUUUACAUUAUUUCAUUAUUUGGACAGCUGUUGUGAAUAAGACUAGGUUAUACUGUACAACAAGCAUGUCAAACUCAAAGUCUAGCAAGGGCAAAAUAAACAAUGUUUUUUAUGUGGGCCGCAAAAAAAAAAAACUUAAACUUUCAUUUAAAACGUAGGUUUAUUUUGAAAAGUACAGUAUAAAAAAAAACCCGCAUCCCCCUCUACUAAACCACUGCACCCCCCAUAUACUAAAUCCCAGUCUCCCCUCCACCCCCCCUACUAAAUCCCAGCACCAUCUAGCCAACAUGCAGACUCCACUCACAUUGCCGCUGUCAGUAUGACUCCGGAGCCUGGCCUCUGCUAUAUACCCUAAAUGGCGCCGCCUGCACCCUGUGCCAAAGCGGAUCCUCCCGCUACUUCUUGACACCCUGUGAAGGUAGAGCAUGUUGAGGUCACGUUGAAAUGUGGCGUUGCAUGCCUUUGUGCCCCUCUCUAGUUCCUCCACUGUCCAGCCGCGGCCAUUGCAACACUGACUGACAGACAUGCAUUCACCGACACACACACACAUACUUACACACAAACUCACAUUAUUGUAAUUAUUCCUGGGGUUCAGUGGGGAUCUUCUGUCUGGAGAUCUGCUUCUCACUGCUCCCUCGCAGUUUAGCGAUGAUGGAAUAUGCCGCUCGAGGGAGGAAUGAGGAGCAGGAACACUGAGCUCCCUCUCUGCAUCCACUGCCCCCUCCUCCCCGGCCGGGUAAAUUAUAGCGCAGUAGGCACCUGCAAUGUGGGGAAAUGAAAGCAGGUGCCUACUCUGCUUGCAACACUAGGCAAUUAGGCAUGUGUUUGCCGGGCAGCAAAGCUGUCCAUUGCGGGCCGCGAGUUUGACUUGCUUGCUGUACAAUAUUAGUCCUAGAUUAGAGUUAGUGGGGCUCCAGGUUAUUGUAUGCUGGGUCCCAUGGUGUAGGCAGGGUGGUCCAAGGUUAGGCAACAAGGAACUAAGUUAAGGCUACUGAGGUCCCAAGGUUUAGCCAGCUGAUAGCAUCUUUUAGCAUAUGUAUUUUUUUUUUUUUGGCAAUGUGGGCACAGUCACCUGAACGGUGAUUCGGUCACCAUAGCUUUUGGAAUUUGCCUGAAUUAAGCACUGCUAGACUUGCCUCAGACAAAGCGUCUAGUUCUUUGCUAGGUGUAGUGGAGACUGGGAGCGACACCGUGCAGACGUCAGGUGUUUGAAGUGUUCCUUUAUUAAUCUAAGUGGAAAGGCAAUAUAAAAUUGACUUCAUUUAAAAAAAAAAAAUUAUAAUAAUCUGAACAUUUGUAUUCUUUACAGAUAAAAAUGGUUGGCAUGGCAACUUCUACUCAUAUUGUAAUACUUAUUUUAGUUGGAACUCAACUGCAGAAUAUUCUAAUUGCAGUAAUUAUUAGUUUCACCUCCUGUUAUACUGAUAUGAAGCAGUGGUUACUGUAUCUUUAAAUAUACAUGUAGGAUGUUAAUUGUGAUUAAAGUAUAAGUCAAUGAUGAUUUACACAAGCCACUUAAUUCCCAUUUAGAAAUAAUGCAGAAAAAUAGGCAGAGUUAGUUUCCAGCUUAAGAUGGAAUGAUUUAUGAGAGAGAUUAUUAAUGAAGCAGGACAGAGUUGCAAUUAGUAAUAAUUUUAUUAUUGGAGGAAGAAUUAGCCUUCGCAGCAGUUCCUUAUGAAUAAGAGGAAUAACUUGACAGAAUGACACAGUAAUGAGCCUUUAGAUACUGUGUAAGAUUAGUAACAGAGAGUGGCUUGUUUGGAGAAAGAGUUACUUAACUUAAAAGGCAGUUCUGGAACUGAAGGGGUUAAUUACACCCAAUGGUGAAGAAAGUAGAAGUCCGUUUUAGCAAGCCGAGGUCUAGGAGUGGAGAAGGUAGAAGUCCGUUUUAGCAAGCCGAGGUCUAGGAGUGGAGAAGGUAGAAGUCCGUUUUAAUAAGCCGAGGUCUAGGAGUGGAGAAGGUAGAAGUCCGUUUUAGCAAGCCGAGGUCUAGGAGUGGAGAAGGUAGAAGUCCGUUUUAAUAAGCCGAGGUCUAGGAGUGGAGAAGGUAGAAGUCCGUUUUGGCAAGCCGAGGUAUGGGAGUGGAGAAGGUAGAAGUCCGUUUUGGCAAGCCGAGGUAUGGGAGUGGAGAAGGUAGAAGUCCGUUUUGGCAAGCCGAGGUAUGGAAGUGGAGAAGGUAGAAGUCCGUUUUGGCAAGCCGAGGUAUGGAAGUGGAGAAGGUAGAAGUCCGUUUUGGCAAGCCGAGGUAUGGAAGUGGAGAAGGUAGAAGUCCGUUUUGGCAAGCCGAGGUCCGAUACAGGCAGGAUCAAGGUAGAGCAGCUGAUCACUGUGCAGGCACCUGUGCAAAUAAUCCAGCCCUUUGAAUCUGGCGCGGUCUUCCUAAGUAUCGUGGAAGGACCGCGUCAGAAAAAAAGGGGCGGGGCUAAGCGCCGUGAACCCGGAAUGCAUGCCAGGCUAUACCUGACACAUAUUUAGGUGGUGGUUGCUUUUAAAACAAAGAGAAACUUCUAAACUGAGUUUAAACAAAUGUUUUCUUUGUAAUUGUCCUAAAUACUUUUGUGUUUUUAUUUUAUUUUUGCAGAAUGCCUGGCUUAAGUUGUAGAUUUUACCAGCACAAGUUCCCAGAAGUCGAUGAUGUGGUCAUGGUGAACGUACGAUCAAUUGCUGAGAUGGGUGCAUAUGUCAGCCUUUUAGAGUAUAACAACAUAGAGGGCAUGAUCCUUCUCAGUGAACUUUCAAGAAGGCGUAUCCGCUCUAUUAACAAACUCAUCCGAAUUGGCAGAAAUGAAUGUGUUGUGGUGAUAAGAGUUGAUAAAGACAAAGGUAAAUUUCAGCAGAAGGCAAGCAGUCAUGCUGGUGCUUAUGUUAAACUGUUUUAUUAAUAUUCUUGUGAUUUGUAAAGAGCGCUUUUCCUAGUCACCUUUGAAUUAGUGAAAUGUUAAUAUCACACUAUCAGUGCUGCCAAGAUCGUGGGGGUCCCUAAAUGCCAACAACAGCUGUGGUUAAAGGACCACUAUAGUGCCAGGAAAACAUACUUGUUUUCCUGGCACUAUAGUGCCCUGAGGGUGCCCCCACCCUCGGGGUCUCCCUCCCGCCGGGCUGGAUGGAGAGGAAGGGGUUAAACUUACCUCUUUCUCCAGCGCCGGACGGGGAGCUCUCCUCCCUCUUCUCUUCCUCUUCGGCUGAAUGCGCAUGCGCGGCAGGAGCCGCGCACGCAUUCAGCCAGUCCAUAGGAAAGCAUUCACAAUGCUUUCCUAUGGACGCUGGCGUCUUCUCACUGUGAUUUUCACAGUGAGAAACGCGGAAGCCCUUUAGCGGCUGUCAGUGAGACAGCCACUAGAGGCUGGAUUAACCCUAACAUAAACAUAGCAGUUUCUCUGAAACUGCUAUGUUUAUAGAAAAAAGGGUUAACCCUAGAUGGACCAGGCACCCAGACCACCUGAUUAAGCUGAUUUGGUCUGGGUGCCUAUAGUGGUCCUUUAACCCCUUAAGGACCAAACUUCUGGAAUAAAAGGGAAUCAUGACAUGUCACACAUGUCAUGUGUCCUUAAGGGGUUAAUAUCAAAUGGGGCACAAUGCCAUAGCACUUUUCUCUUAAUAAAUCCUUCAGCAAGCUCAAUACUUAUAUACAAACAUGCAUGUUUACAGUUACAGUAUUUGCUUUUAUUUCGAUUUAAAUCCUCAUGUUCUGCAGCUUCUAAAGUCAAAUAUCUCCAGAGAAAAGAACAAGUAACAGAUGGCGCUCAAUACACGUCUAAAAUCGUGAAUAUACAUACAAAAAAAAACUUUAUAAGGGAGCUGCUUCUAAGGUUUUAAAGUGCAAUAGCUCAUAAAAUGCUAAAAAUACAAUAAUACAGAAAAAAGGGUGCGCUGUGUCUUUAAGACAAAAAAUGUGCAAUAUUCCUUUAAAAACACUCUGGUGCUUAUGUCAAUUCACAGCCUCUGUCUUAUAAGUGUGUUAAUAUUACAUACACUGGUGUAAGUACAAAAAAGUGCAAAUGCCACUAAUAUACCAGUGCUAUAGUGAAAAUAAAAAAGAAAUAGAAUAAAAUAAACGGAGCGCUUACAAUAUCCAGCUGUAUAUACCAUGGAUCAGGUUGCUCCGAAUUAUGUGUACAUAUAUAUGAAAAGCAAAAAGAAAUAAAUAGUGUAAUACAGUAUUACAAAUUAUAAUAUGGAGACAAUAUAUAUAUAUAAUUGUACUCACAAGUGGAGAGCAGAUAAGUCUGCUCUAACUGUAUCCGCUUUGUAUAUGCUUAAAGCCAAGGGUCACAAGACGGCAGCAAAUCGGAAAAAACUCUUUAAUUUCAGCAUAUCUUCACAAUUUAAAAAUUACCAAAGUGGUGUCACUUAGCUCCCUCAGUCCUUCUCUGGAACGUAUUCCGUUCUUUAUGGCUGCCGGCUAGCACAAUACCGCAAACACUUCCUGGAGGCGGAGCCUAAUGUCGUAACCACGGCACGUGCGUGAUGACGCGUUUCGCCGCAGAAUAGGCUUCCUCAGAUCACACUCUCAUCCUGCUGCUGCUUUGCUUUUAAGUCUACUUUCAUGGGCGUGUAUCUGCCUAUUUAGUCCUCAAAUGUAAACUCUCUAUACUAGUACGAGAAUCUUCACUUGAAUAUUCAUUCACAAUGUCAUAUCACCUAAACAGCAUUUUCUAUAGCACAUAUAUAAACACUCAUGUUUUAUACAAACCACAUUCAUUAUACACAUCUGCUCAAUCUUUAUUAUCAAAUAUAUUAUAAACGAAGUCCUAUUAAUUUAAGAUUCAAGAUUAAAAAGAUCUCUAAAAUCAUUUUCCUAAAAAUAAAAAAAUUACCAAAAAGAGGCAAAAAAAUAGCAAAUUAAAGAAAUAUAUAUAUAUAUAUAUAUAUAUAUAUAUAUAUAUAUAUAUAUAUAAAAAAGUUGUACAAAUCGAAUUCUAUAUUUAAAGCUCUCGGCUCUAGAGUUCCCAAACGAUGUACCCAUUUCAUUUCUUCCCUACCUAUUGCAUUUAUAUGAUUUCCCCCUCUCCAAGAUUUAUUAACUAUUUGGAUUCCUAGAAAAAUUAACCCAUUGGGAUCCCUUUUGUGGUAUUUAUUAAAAUGGGCUGAAAGGCUAUGUUGCUCAAAGCCCCGUUUUAUGUUGUACACAUGUUCAUAAAUACGUUUAUGAAGGGGACGUGUUGUGCGACCCACGUAUUGUAACCCACAUGGGCAAAUAAAUUAAAUUUUUACUACAGCAAGUAAUAAAAUCUUUUAUAAAAAAUUCCUCAUCCUUUUGUCUUGCUUUAAAUUUGCUUAUUCCUUUUAGAGUUUUAUUUUUACUGCACUUACAGCCCAUGCACUUUCCACAUGAAUAAAAACCACUCUUAUUGUUUAAAAACGUUGUUCCUACUUCUUUUUCAGGCUGAUUAAAAGUUAGAAGUCUUUUAAAAUUUGGUGCACCUCUAAAAGUAAUAAAAGGUCUCUCUGGUAUAAUUUUUGCCAAUUCUUUAUCUUUCUUCAGUAAGGGCCAAUGCUUAUUAACUAUAGACCUAAUUUUUCUAGAAUCACUAUUAAAAUCGAAUACCAAGGGCAUUUUUUUAUCUUUUUCUUCAGUUAGUCUAUUCUUUUGUCCCACAGUUAAAUCUUCCUGGUCAAGUUUGAUUACUUCCUCGUAUGCUCUAUCCAGUAUACUUUUCGGAUAUUUUUUUUUCUCUGUAAAUUUAUCCAUGAGGAUACUUGCUUGGUCUUUAAAGACAUCUAAUUCUGUACAAUUCCUUCUCAAUCGUUGUAAUUGUCCUUUUUGGGAUGUUAUCCAACCAGGGGGUAUAAUGACCACUAUUAUACAAUACAUAACUGUUUGCAUCCACUUUUUUGAAGUAGUUUCUAGUUUUUAUGUUCCCUCCUUCCACAUAAAUAUCCAAAUCUAGGAAACUGAUAUUGUUUUUACUAUGGGAACUGGUGAGAUGAAUCCCCCAGUCAUUUUCAUUCAAUUUAUUAAAAAAAUUCUCUAAGUGUAAUUCCGUGCCUCUCCAUAUAAAAAAAACAUAUCGUCAAUGUACCUAUGAUAUGAGACUAGGUCCACCCCCCAUUCUUGGCUGUUGUAAAUAUGGAUAUUUUCCCAACUUGAUAUAAAUAAAUUAGCAUAACUGGGGGCGAACCUAGUCCCCAUAGCGGUACCUUGACACUGGAGAUAAAAUUGGGAAUUAAAAAAGAAAUAACUAUUAUUUAAAAUCCAACAUAUACUGUCUAUUAAAAAUUCUACAUGUGAAUGGCUAAACUUUCCAGAUUCCUCUAAAAUCUUUUUGAUCACUCUACAUCCUAAGUCGUGAGUGAUUGAGGUAUAUAAGGAGGAUACGUCACUGGUGACUAGUAUAAAAGAGUCCUCCCACUUUAAUUUCUUUAGAAUUUUUAUCACUUCUGUAGUAUCCUUCAAAUAGGACGGGACUAUCUUCACUAGAUCUUGGAGCCAUAUAUCGACAUAUUUAGACAAAUUUGCCGAUAUUGACCCUAUCCCCCGAGACAAUCGGCCUCCCUGGGGGGCAUUUGAUAUCUUUGUACACCUUUUGGUAGUGUAUAAAAAAACAGGUAGUCUUGGAUGUUCAACUUUCAAGAAAUUAUACUCUGAGGACUCCUGUUUCUUUACCUCUCUCUAAUAGUAUAUACAGAGAUUCUUUAAUUUCUUGAGUAGGGUCCUUUUUCAAACAUUUGUAUACUUUGUCUUCUCCUAAUUGUUUAUUACAUUCUUUCAGAUAAUCCUCUUUAUUUUGUAUUACUAUACUCCCCCCUUUGUCCGCCGGCUUAAUAACUGUCCUUAUUAGUCCUUAAUUCUUGUAGUGAUCUCCUCUCAUUAAAACUAAGAUUCUGAUUCCUUCAUUUCUUAUUAUUACUUAUAUUUAAUUCCUCAAAAUCUUCUAAUACACAUUUUUCAAACAUAUCUACCGCACUUGUUCUAUAAUUUCUUGGAUAAAACACAGAUCUAUUUCUUAAGCUAGUAUGAUUCUUAUCUUCUAUCUUAUUAUCACAUUUAUUUAUAUAAAAAAACCUUUCUAGUGUCAAGUUCCUGGAAUACUUUAGCAUAUCCACAUAUGCAGAAAAUGAAUUAAAACCCACAUUGGGGGCAAAUUUGAGACCUUUAUUUAAAAUCCUAAUUUCAUCUUUAGUUGGAUUAUACUUAGAGAGAUGUAUUACUCCCUCCAAUUUGAUGUCCUUCCUCUUUUUCCUAUACUGUAAUUCUCGUCCUCCUCUACAUCCUCUGUAUCCCUGUACCACCUUAUCUUCUCUCCCCUAAAAAAUAUUUUUGUUCUGACUGUACAUUGUCAUCCGAAAGGAUUUCAAAGCGAUUUCUUAGUUCAAUAUCAUUUCUUUUCUGUACAUAUGGGGGACUCCUACACUUUCUAUUUCUAUUAGGUUGAUAUUUAUUUUUUGGUUCUACCUUUGUCCAGUUGUAUUGUUUCUUGUUUUCAGGUGUUUUCCACUGAGUGCGUUCUGAAUAUUUAACACUAUUUCCUCUCUUCCUAUAGGAAUGGUUAGGGGAGUCCAACUUAUAUUUAUAAUUGUACUCUUUCUUCUCUCUGUAUGAAUUGGUUUAAGUUCUAACUUUAUUAUUCUUAUAAUCUUGCAUGUCUCUUUUAUAUUUCCUAUGUUUGAUCUCUUUUACUUGUGUUUCCAAUCUAUUCAGAUUAUCUUUAGUUUUCUUAGUUAGUUCGUCAUAAUCCCUAGUACCCAAUGCUGGUUCUAAUAAUUUUUGGAUAUCUUUUACCUCCUUAUCUAAAUCUUCCAAGCCUUCGGUUCUACAGACAAUGACUAUACUCAUCAUCUCCCUAGAGAAUCUUUCUAGUGCAUCUUUCCAGAUGUCCACGCAUUUUUUAUUUUUCUCAUUUUCAAAUGUCGGUGUUUUAGAGAAUCUUAAACCUCUAGGGGUGAUGUUGUCUUUUAUAUAUCUAUUUAAGGUGGCAAUUUCUCAUUUAUAUUUCUAUCUCCAAGCAAACGAGGAUUAACUGUUCCCAUAUUCUUUUUAUGUACAAGUGCUAAGCACUCCAAAGGCAUAUUAGAUAUAGUGGUUAUAGUAUUUGGAGAUUGAAUUGACUCUGGUUUGUCAAUAUUUUUGUAUGAUUGAAGUAGAUAGUGUUUUUUGUUUUUAUAUGUCUUGCAUGGAAUUGUCAUACUAGAACAUGUUGUUUUAUGCCAUUGACUGGAAGCAUGUAUAACUACAUUGGUGAAUCAUUGAUGCAGGUGUGAGCAAGUAUACUGCUGAAGAUGCUUUGUAAGCUGGUAAACACAAGAAUUUAAACACAUUUAGAGGAGGUGAAUUAAAUUCAAGUCGUCUGUGCUUUCAAAAUUUGCUUGAGGUUGAAUGAUACAUAAGAUUAGAGGCCCUUGUAAUUUUAUUUAAUACUUGAGAGGCGGGUCAUAAAAAGGAGGAAAAAAUAGUCAGUUCCACAUAUGCUUGCAUGCAAAAGCUAAGUUAAUCUAUUGUCCUCCAAUAUGGCAAACAAUCCUUAUGCACCUUAUUAUGCAAAUACAGUAAGCAUAAACGCCACUAAUAAAUAAUAAAGAUGCAGUCUCUUUUAAGGUAGACUCCACACAUGACUCCUAUGAGUAUUCAGUUGAUCUACUGUAUAACAAUGAUCUGUGAUCUCAAUAUAUACAAUGUAGCUAGUUGCCACAUUUAAGCUGGUGUAUUUGCUAACAGUCUCUUAUUGGAGAUCCUGGAAAAGCUGAAGUGCCAUUAUGCAGUCAGCAAAAUUUCUUUAUCAGACCUUCAAAGCUUCGUUCCUAACAGUCUCUGCUCUUUUCCUCAAUGCAGUUACUGAAGAUAUGUGCCCAGACCAACCAAAUAUUGUGGAAUAGAAGCCUUAAAUGUUCUUAGAGACAAAAGCAUACGCCUCUGUACAUUCAAACAAACACAGAGAUUUAUUUAAUUGCUAUGCCUACACGUAAAAUGUACAAAUAGCACAUAAUCACCGCAUACAUGCAGGAGUCCCACACAAAACUCCUUGAGCACGAGGCUAAGUGUAGCCAAAAUCGUAACCUGUAAAAGACACGUUCUGUUCUGUAGCUGGAACUUUCUCAAUGUUAUCCAGCCAUGUAUUUUGCCUUGAGCAGUGCAAAUACUAUGCCAUUUCUUAAAGCCUGACUGCAUUAUAUCAUAACUAUAUUUUGGUUUAUUAUUCAGUAAAAGGAGUGUGUGACCCCCUGUAUAUUUUGUACACUACAAUGUUUUAGUGAAAAUUUGGACUGUUGAAAAAUGAACUACCGGUAUAUUAGAAAUUAUACUUAAGUUCAAUCUAGACUAUGGGACAAAGAUCUCUUAAUGUCUCAAGAAUGUCAUAAAAGCUUUUCCAAUAGAGUAGGUGGCUAGUGUUUAUAUUUUAAGCCAUCAUAUGAUUGUGUGAAGCUACAUUGGCAUGGACAAAGUAGGAAAUCCCAGAUCUUAGAUACUUCCCGCUUAUUUUAAAAUCAUCCCUAAUGAUACUAUUAAAUCAACGUGCUUUCUUUUUUCAGUUGGGUGACCUUUUGCCCAGGAUGCAAAAUUUCCACUAGCCAUUGGCAAGUGACAGUUCAGCUCUGACGAGUAGAAAAUUGCACAUCAUGGGCCCUCCAGGCUUGCCGUGGCAAGUAACAUUUAGGCUUUAGUAGUGUAGGGAUUGAAAUUUUGAGAACUGGUUUAGCAAUUGGUGUGUAGAAUGGAUGGCAAACUUUUGUUGUUCUAAUGAUCAAGUAGAGAGCAAGAAUCUUUGCAGUUGCCAAUUGCAUUUUUAAUGUUUAGCUCUAACCCUAAGGCUUGGUGGACUUUUAAUGGAUGGGAUCAGGACUUUUCAGAUUGGAAACAUUGAGUGAGAAAAGUAAAAUGAAUGGUGCUAAGACUCAUUUCUUCAUUUGAGGAUUGGAGCCAAUUAAGCACAAAUGAUGAGUAUAUAUUUUGACACUGUACACCACUAUCUCUAUAUUAAAAUGUUAAAUGCUUUUUAUUUCCCUUAGGUUACAUAGAUUUGUCCAAAAGAAGAGUUUCACCAGAAGAAGCUUUGAAAUGUGAAGACAAGUUCACCAAAUCUAAAACUGUAAGUAUUGGUGGCAUUGCAGUGAUAUACAGUGCUGUAAGUGAUCAUCUGUUGCAGUAUUUCUUUCUUUUUGGGCUUGCUUACCUACCAUGCUGGUUGUGUAGAAUUAGACGUUCGAAUUUUCUGAUAUUUUCAUUACUGAAUAUAUCAGAAAACUAUAUGUUCAGUUUAUCACUGAGUACUAUUGGGAAAUCUGAACAGAGAAAUAGAUUUCAUUACACUUUGCCAUCGUUGUAACUUCAGACCUACUCCUCCUCUGUCAGGAAAAGAUUGACACCAUAAACCACUGUGCUGCAUACAUCUUUACAAACUUUGCUCUGCCCAACUUCAACAAGUUAUGCAGUACUUUGUAAAAUGGGCAGGAUCAGUUCAGCUGCAGAACUUGAAGAGCAGGUAGAAUUUUAAGGGAUUAGAAAAUAUUUUUUGAAUAACAUAACAUGCAUACUUUUUGUUUUCACUAUCUUGCUCAAAUGCUUUAAAAUAUAUAUUUUUUUUAACGUAGAAAUUCCCUUUAUAUGUUGUUGCUUGCUUGAGAUGUAUCACAUGAUAAGAAUUCAUGCAUUUUUUGGGGGUUUCUUUUUUUUUUCUCCCCCAUUUGAUUGCAGGUCUAUAGUAUUCUGCGUCAUGUGGCAGAAGUUUUGGAAUACACAAAGGAUGAACAACUAGAAAGCCUAUUUCAGAGAACGGCAUGGGUAUUCGAUGACAAAUACAAAAGACCAGGUUAUGGAGCCUAUGAUGCAUUCAAGCAAGCUGUCUCGUAAGCAACAUUUCAACUCCUCUUUUAGGGUUUGUGUCUUAGAACACUGUUAUUGGUUCUUUGACAGUACUGCUAUAGGGAUUCAACUUGAUGUGUGUAUACAGAAACAUAUAACAAGUGUUCAUGGUGAAAUUAGUUUAUUAUUGUUAUGGAGGGUUGAUGGAUUGUUUUUGUGGUAGCAGAACCUCUGCGCUUGUGAUCCACCUGACUUACACUGCUUCUCUCUCUUAGUGAUCCCUCUGUUCUUGAUGGACUGGAUUUGAUAGAAGAGGAAAGGCGUGUUCUUAUUGACAACAUUAACAGACGUUUAACCCCACAAGCUGUAAAAAUUAGAGCAGGUUUGUGUGUGCCCUCAUUUUACAUAGCUUAAUACAUACUAGUCCUUUAAUAUUAGUCAACUGUAGUUUGGAGUGUCUUAUUGAAAUAUGAGUGGUUUUUAAAAAAUUUUAUUUAUUUUUUUUUUGUUAAUGAGUCAGCCGCAUUCUGUAGUGCUUUUAUAUAGUUAAAACAAUAUGGCAUAAUGGGGAAAAAAAAUCUUUUUUUAGAUAUAGAGAUAGAUAUAUAGAGAUAGAUAGAUGUAAAAAAACAAAUAAAAUUCGUAUCUUGUAAUACCUUUUUUAUUGGACUAACAGGAUUUUUUUAAUGACACGCUUUCGGGAGAACCUCCCUUUCUCAAGUCUGAAUCAUUUCUGAGCAAGACGACACAGAAUUCAAAGUUGAGUUGUGAUACAGGGGUUAAAGCGACAUGAGUGUAGAUAAGACACAGGUUUGUUAGAAAAUAGACACCAUUUUUGCAGAGGGUCAUAAAUACCUUUCUGAAGAGCAGAGUGAGGGGGACAGAGGGAGAAGAAAAACAAACAAGCAGACAGUGCAGAGGAUGGUACACUUUAUACAUGCACACACAUAUAAAUAUGUAUAUGUGAACGCAUAAACACAUAUACAUGCACAUGAACUCAAAUACACAAAUAUAAAUGCACAGUAAUAUAUAUAAGCAUACAUGCAUACGAGUAUGGGAAAGCAUAGGUCUAUUCAAAGUGCUAACAUAGUACUUUGUAUAUAGAUAGAAUAAACAUAUAGGAAUGCAUUUUAAAGUGUCGAUACAUAUGACAGAACAGUAAGAUAAUGCUGGGAGAGUGUUCAUGUAAAGUGUUGGUAGUGGGACAGGAAACCCAAAUCAAUAUUUAGUCCUCUAUUCUUACUGUUAAACCAUUUAAUCAUUCUGGCUUCAAAAGUUUUUCUUUCUUGGGUAUUUUUAAAACCCCCUUUCAGUACUUUGAUUUUUAGGUCCUUCAGUGAGUGGCCAGGCUGGGUAAAGUGGUGUCCCACAGGAGUGCAGUAGGAUUCUUCUUUGUGGUGUUUAAUAGAGUGUCUGUGCAUAUUCCUUCUGCCAUUUAAUGGCUGGGUGGUUUCCCCAAUGUAGCAUGUGGAAUUUGGUGCAUUGAAUCAUGUAUACCACAUUGCUGGAUGUGCAGGAGUACACCAUGGUAAGAAUGAAGACAAUGGGACCAGUCAAUGCCCAAAACCUCGCUGCAAACCGUGUCAGCACAUAUGCACAGCCACACACAGCAAUAAAACCUACAGCAUUAAAGGUUCAUACUCCUGCACAUCCAGCAAUGUGGUAUACAUGAUUCAAUGCACCAAAUGCCACCUAGGAUGCUACAUUGGGGAAACCACCCAGCCAUUAAAUAGCAGCAUUAGCUUACUGUUCUGCCAUAUGUAUCAACACUUUAAAAUUCAUUCCUAUAUGUUUAUUCUAUCUAUUUACAAAGUACUAUGUGUAGACCUAUGCUUUCCCAUACUCGUAUACUCGUAUGCAUGUAUGCUUUUAUAUAUAUAUAUAUAUAUAUAUAUAUAUCUCUAGAUCUCUAUGCAUUUAUAUUUGUGUAUAUGAGUUGUUUAUUAUUAUUAUUUAUUAUUAUUGCGAUUUAUAUAGCGCCAACAUAUUCCGUAGCGCUUUACACUAUUAUAUGGGGGGGGGGAGGAAUUUGACUAUAAAUAGGACAAUUACAAGAAAACUUACAGAAACGAAGGGUUGAAGAGGGCCCUGCUCAAACAAGCUUACAGUGUAUAGGAGGUGGGGUAUAAAACACAUUAGGACAGGGAAAGGAAGUCAAAUUAGGUGGGAGUGGAGCAGAGCUAGAGGAGAGAGUAGAGUGCUGCCCUUUAGGAGAGAGCAAGAGGCAGGUAUGAGAGGUAGAGGUUUGUCUGGGAGGCCAUAGGCUUUCCUAAAGAAGUGAGUUUUAAGGCACUUCUUAAAUGAUUGAAGACUAGGGGAGAGUCUGAUGACGGUAGGCAGGCUAUUCCAUAGGAUGGGAGCCGCCCGUGAAAAGUCCUGCAAGCGCGAGUUGGCUGUACGGGUACGAGCGGUGGACAAAAGGUGGUCACGAGUGGAGGGACCGAGAAGGGGCAUACCUAUGGAUCUGUGAGAUUAUUCAGUGCUUUAUAGGUAUGGGUUAGCACUUUGAAUUGACUCCUAUAGGAUACAGGAAGCCAAUGUAAGGACUGACAGAGGGGUGAGGUGUGAGAGGACCGACUAGAGAGGAAAGUCAGUCUGGCGGCAGCAUUCAUUACAGACUGUAGCGGGGCAAUACGGCUAUUGGGAAGACCAAUUAGGAGACAGUUACAAUAGUCCAUGCGAGAGAUUACUAGAGCAUGGACGAGCUCUUUAGUAGCAUCUUGUGUAAGAAAGGGGCGGAUGUGGGCGAUGUUUUUGAGGUGGAAUUGGCAUGAUUUGACAUCAGACCGGGUGUGGGGCUCAAAGGUGAGGCCAGAAUCAAAAGUAACACAAAUACAACGUGCUUGUAAGGAUGGGCUGAUAUGGGUACCACCAAUCUGAAGGGAGAGCGAGAGAGGAGGAUUAAUAUAAGGAGGAGGAAAGACAAGAAGUUCUGUUUUGGAAAGAUUCAGUUUCAGAAAGCGGGAGGACAUCCAAUCAGAGAUAGAAGAAAGGCAAGAGGUGACACUUUGCAGGACAUCAGGGGAGAGGUCUGGGGAGGAGAGAUAUAUCUGUGUGUCAUCAGCGUACAGGUGGUAUUUGAAUCCAAAAGAGGUAAUAAGCUUGCCAAGAGAGGCAGUGUAAAGAGAAAAUAGAAGGGGACCAAGGACAGAGCCUUGGGGGACUCCAACCGAGACAGGGCGAGGGGAGGAGGUAUCAUUAGAAAAGGAGACGCUGAAUGAGCGUUGGGAGAGAUAGGAGGAAAACCAUGAGAGGACAGAGUCACAGAGACCGAGCGAUUGAAGAGUUUGGAGAAGGAGAACAUGAUCAACAGUAUCAAAAGCAGCGGAGAGGUCAAGAAGAAUUAGUAUGGAUAAUGACCUUUGGAUUUAGCUGUGAUAAGGUCAUUAGUGACUUUGAUGAGUUCAUGUGCGUGUAUGUAUAUGUGUUUAUGUAUAUGUACAUGUGUUUAUGUGUUCACAUAUACAUAUUUAUGUGUGUGCAUGUAUAAAGUGUACCAUCCUCUGCACUGUCUGCUUGUUUGUUUUUCUUCUCCCUCUCUCCCACCUCACUCUGCUCUUCAGAAAGAUAUUUAUGACCCUCUGCAAAAAUGGUGUCUAUUUUCUAACAAACCUGUGUCUUAUCUACACUGUCGCUUUAACCCCUGUAUCACAACUCAACUUUGAAUUCUAUGUGUCGUCUUGCUCAGAAAUGCUUAAGAUUUGAGAAAGGGAGGUUCUCCCGAAAGCUUGUCAUAAAAAAAAUUCUGAGAGUCCAAUAAAAAAAGUUUUUUUUUACAUCUACAUGGACUAAUACUGCUACAAUCUCUACUUGAACACUAUGGUGUGUGUGUGUGUGUGUGUAUGUAUGUAUGUAUGUAUAUAUGUGUGUGUGUGUGUGUGUGUAUAUAUAUGUGUGUGUGUGUGUAUAUAUAUAUAUAUAUAUAUAUGUAUAUAUAUGUAUAUGUAUAUAUAUGUAUGUAUAUAUAUAUAUAUAUAUAUAUAUAUAUAUAUAUAUAUAUAUAUAUAUAUAUAUAUAUAUAUAUAUAUAUAUAUAUAUAUAUAUAUAUAUAUAUAAAAAAAUUUUUAAAAUUUUUUUUGUAAAUUUAAAGUAGCUUGUGCAGUGAGCUUUGCCCAAGUGCGGAAAUGAAUCAGCCAGUCAUGAUGCCCAUAACUUUAACAGGGAUUUCUGUUAAUUGUAAUUCAGUUUUCUACAGUAGAAAACUAACCGCUGCAUUACAACUAAAACAAAUCUGUCCUGUGCAGCCCCUCCAUUCAAAUACUUAUACUGUCAACUUCCUUAUAAGGUAUAUAUGUGAAAGUGGGCUGUAGAACCUUUUGUUCUAUGGUAACUGAGCAAACCACUUCAUUGUUCCAUUUUAGCAACCAUCCACCCCAAAGUGAGCCUGCAUUUUCAUGCACAUUAACCCUUCCCCCAAAUGGCACCCUUGCAUUCACAUGCUCUUCAACCCUCCACCAAAUGGCUUCACUGCAUUGUUAUGCUAGUUAACCCUCCACUCAAAUGGCACCCCUCUAUUCUCAUGCCAGUUAAAUCUCCAUCCAAAUGGUACUCCUGAAUUUGCGUGCUUUAACUUUCCACUCAAAUGGCACCCCUACAUGCACGUUAACCCUCCGCUCAAAUAGCACCACUACAUUUGCAUGCACAUUAACCCUGCACCCAAAUGGCACCUUUCACAUGCACAUUAACCCUGCACCCAAAUGGCACCUCUUUCACAUGCAAAUUAACCCUGCACCCAAAUGGCACCUCUUUCACAUGCAAAUUAACCCUGCACCCAAAUGGCACCUCUUUCACAUGCACAUUAACCCUGCACCCAAAUGGCACCUCUUUCACAUGCACAUUAACCCUGCACCCAAAUGGCACCUUUUUCACAAGCACACUAACGAUGCACCCAAAUGGCACCUCUUUCACACGCACAAAUACUCAAAGCAUACAAUCAAAACAAUUGCUGUUCAUAAAAAUAAGUGUUGGAGAAUGCUUUAGGCUUAGAAAAUGUGAGUCCUGAUUUGGUUAUAUUCUUUUUCAAGAUAUUGAAGUUGCUUGCUAUGGAUAUGAAGGGAUCGAUGCAGUGAAAGAAGCACUGCGAGCAGGACUUAAUUGUUCUACAGAAAAUAUGCCAAUUAAGGUAAGUGACCUUGAAUAUAAAUGAAUAAUAACUGUUAUAACCCCAUUCUGGUAGCUGUUAUGUUUGAUAGUGGGAAAAUCCUUAUUUUAUUUACAUUCUUCAAAACAAUAUAUAGUCAAACUCAAAGAAAUGUACUAACACAUCUAUUUCAAGUACCUGUUUGAAAGAACACUUCUUCGCAAGUACUGCCAAGCCUCAAUAGCAAGCCAGUAAUCAACCUCAUGCUGAUGAUUUGCAUUAAAAAUGAAAUGGCUGUCCAUGAGUGGUUCACUGGCUUUGCAUCUUUUCCUAAGUUGUAUUUCAAAGCUGUUGUAUACAGCAAAGGAAAUCAUUUUUAAAAUGGAAUGAGGCAAAAAUGUGAUUCUAUGUUGAACUAAUUUGCAAAUGCUCACCCAGAAUCCUUUGCUCUAGUAACAUCACUGCAAAUGUGUCAUUUCUGUGGGGAAAAGCAAGUUUUAUGGCUUGACUGGUGUGCAGAUUUUUGUUUACGAUACUAUUGACUAUCCACAGACUUCAGGUGGAAGGGGUUUUCAAUCGCAUUUUUUCCCCACCAUAACUUUUUGGUUUUUGAGAUAUAUUAUCUGCCUGACUGAAUUGUGUGUGUGUGUGUGUCUCUCCCACCCCCUCCCCCGGGCUCCCUCGGCGCUGGGAACUCUCCUCCCUCUUCCGACGUCAUCCGUUGAAUGUGCGGCAAGAGUCGCGUGCGAAUUCAAUCAGUCCAUAGGAAAGCAUUUCUCAAUGCUUUCCUAUGGACGUCAGCGUCUUCUCACUGUGAUUUUCACAGUGAGAAGCGAGGAAGUGCCUCUAGCGGCUGUCAGUGAGACAGCCGCUAGAGGCUGGAGUAACCCUAUUGUAAACAUAGCAGUUUCUCUGAAACUGCUAUGUUUACGGCUGCAGGGUUAACCCUCGAUGGACCUAUUGAGCUAAAGUGGUCUGGGUCCCUUCACUGGAAGUAAGGGGCCUAGCCCAACCCCUGGAAAAAAAAAAGCCUUAUACCAUUAUCUUUUCUUUACCAAACUUUACAGUUUGCACUAUUCAGUCAGGCGUGUAACAUUCUUUUGGCAUUUGCCAAACCCAGACUCUCCUAUCAGACUGACAGGCGUGAUUCGUCACUACACAGAACAUGUUUCCACUGCUCCAGCAUGCUUUAUGCCACUCAAUUCGACACUUGGCAUUGUACUUGGUGAUGUGAGGCUUGCAGGCAGCUGCUCGGUUUUGAAACUCUUUAGCUAUGGAAUCUGUGGAGUGUUGGUGACUUACUCACAAUGUGCCUCAGCACUCAGUCACCCCGUUCUGUGACUUCACUUGGUGUUCCGCUUUGUGGCUGAGUUACUGCUGUUCCUAAAAUCUUCCACUUUCGAUUAAAGCCACUUACAGUUGGCCUGGGGAAUACCUAGCAGUGAUGAAGUUACACAAACUGACUGACUGCACAGGUGGCAUCGUAUCACAGCACCACGCUUAAAUUCACUGAGCCGUUCAGAAUGACCCAUGUUUUUAACAAAUGUUUGUAAAUGCAGACUGCAUGGUUCGGUUACUUGAUUUUUAUGCACCCGUGGCAAUGGGUCUGAUUGAAACACCUGAAUUCAAUAAUCCAGAAGUGUGUCCCAAUACGUUUUGUCCAUAUAGCAUGUAUAUUUUUCAUAUAUUUUGUCCAUGCUGCUUUGCAGGAGUUAAUAUACAGACUUUGCCCAGCAGAGCAUGUAAAUAAAAAAAAAAAAAAUUAAACUCAGAUUUUUAAAUUUAAAUAGCACAACCCAUGGCUAACUUUUAGUUAACUAUUUGUGCAAAAAUCGAACCUGCAGCAGAUAUGCAGGCUUUAUAUGCUUAAUUUAAAGCAGAAUAAUAAAAAAAAACACCAAAGACCAGAUCUGUUACUAUAACAAAAUGCAUGCCUGAGUGUUAAUUUAUAGUAAGACAAAGCAUAAUUGUAAAUAUUUUUAUACAAGCAAUCUGUGACUGGUGUUUGUUAUGCUUAAGACCGGAGGGCGUACUAUUACGCCCUAUUCUAAGCGGCUCUAAACGCCGCUGGGAGUAAUAGUACGCCCUCUGGUCUUUUCCUACUUACCCGGUCGCCGGCGAUCGCGGUUGGGGGGACUCCCAGGGAGCCCCCCGCGUCACGUCCGACCCCCUGGAAGCCCCCCAGCCAUGUGAGAGUGAGGUCCUUGCGAGGACCUCACAAUCACAUGGCCGGGGGUGUAGCUGGCUGCAGCAUUGCCAGCAGGGGGACUGCCUGUAAUGACAGGUGGUCCCCCUGCUGGCUGGAAAUAAAAUCAAAUAAAUUAAAAAGUGUAAAAAAAAAAAAUAAUAUAUAUACUUAGAUUUUAUAUAUAUAUAUAUAUAUAUAUAUUCUAACACACACUGUCUAGGUGUAUUUUACUAUUAAUAUAUAUAUAUAUAUAUAUAUAUAUAUAUAAAAUCAAAUUACACGUAGACUGAUACUGAUUAAAUAUAUAUAUAUAUAAUUAUUGUGAUAUAUAUAUAUAUUUAUAUAUAAUAUAAAAAAUAAAUAUGUAAAUACGUUAAAAAUAAAAUUAAAAUAAUUAAAAAAUAUAUAGAUGUGUGUUUCGUUCUAACUGUAUUGUGAAAUUAAUAUAUAUAUAUAUAUAUAUAUAUAUAUAUAUAUCUCUCUCUCUCUAUAUCUAUAUAUAUAUAUAUAUAUAUAUAUAUAUCUAUCUAUCUAUCUAUAUCUAUAUCUUAUCUCUAUAUAUAAAUAAAAAUAUUUGAAAAAAAUUAUACACAUAUAUAGAUUCACACACAUAUACAUAUAUUUUUACAUAAUUAGGUAUCUUAAUUAAUUAUAAUUAGCGGGACUUGCCUGACCACCCAUGCCAAAAGUAAAGGGAAUUUAAUUUGCUAGCACUAUAUUUAACCCUAUAACUUUUUCAAGACACUAUAAAACCUGUACAUGGGGGGUACUAUUCUACUCGGGAGACUUCGCUGAACACAAAUAUUAGUGUUUCAAAACAGUAAAGUGUAUUACAACGAUGAUAUCGCCAGUAAAAGUGAAGUUUUUUGCAUUUUUCACGCACAAACAGCACUUACACGGACGAUAUUAUUGCUGCGAUACUUUUUACUGUUUUGAAACACAAAUAUUUGUGUUCAGCGAAGUCUCCUGAGUACAACAGUACCCCUCAUGUACAGGUUUUAUGGUGUUUUCAAAAGUUACAGCGUCAAAUAUAAGGCUUGCGUUUCAUUUUUUUCACAUUAAAAUUCGCCAGAUUGGUUAGGUUGCCUUUGAGACCCUAUGGUAGCCCAAGAUUGAAAAUUACCCCUAUGAUGGCAUACCAUUUGCAAUAGUAGACAACCCAAGGUAUUGCAAACUGGGUAUGUCCAGUCUUUUUUUUUUUAGUAGCCACUUAGUCACAAACACUGGCCAAAAUUGGCAUUUUUUGCAUUUUUCACACACAAACAAAUACUAAAGCUAAAUCUGGCCAGUGUUUGUGACCAAAUGGCUACUAAAAAAGACUGGACAUACCCCAUUUGCAAUAUCUUGGGUUAUCUACUAUUGCAAAUGGUAUGCCAUUAUGGGUGUAAAUUUCAUUCCUGGGCUACUAUAAAGUCCCAAAGGCAACGUAACCAAUCUGGUGAAUUUCAAUUUGAAAUGUAACGUGCUAUAUUUGACCCUGUAACUUCCCAAAAUGCCAUAAAACCUGUACAUAGGGGGUACUGUCUUACACGUAAGACAUUGUUGAAUACAAAUAUGUGUAUUUUAUUGCAGUAAAAGCAAACAGUAUUAUGACAUUGACCGUUAAAAUGUCAUGUAGAACUAAAAAAAUCGUAUUUUCUCCCAUUUUUUCAUAUUAAAUUAUGUUUCAUAGCUAAAUAGUUGAUAUUAAAUGAAAGCCCUGUUUCCCCUGAAUAAAAUGAUAUAUAAUAAGGGUGGGUACAUUUACUAUGAAAUAGGUGAAUUACGGUUGGACAGACAUGUAGCGCAAAUGCCAGGUUUUGUUUACAUUUUGUUUUGUUCACAACGUGUACAUUUGGCUCCGUCCUUAAGGUAUUAAUUUAGCCCAAAGGAGCAAUUGUUUAUUGUUUUGGGGUUUUUUUCUACUUCAUUAACUUACGCUUGUAAUCCUUUCAUGUUUUGUGUACAAAGAUAAAUCUUAUUGCUCCUCCUCGAUAUGUAAUGACUACCACGACACUUGAAAGGACGGAAGGUCUUUCGGUACUAAAUCAGGCAAUGUCUGUCAUCAAGGAGAAAAUCGAAGAGAAAAGAGGAGUGUUUAAUGUCCAAAUGGAGGUACGUGUUUUUGCAAUAUUAACACCAAACCUGCAAGAGAAUGGAUUCAAUAACCAGAACACCUUAUCUAGUUCCAAGUUAAUACAAUUGAGAGACUUUUAUAUGAUGGGUUUAUGGAAACAAACUGCGGUCUUUGUACACAUUAUUGGAAUUAAAGGUUUUCUAUGAUUUUAUUUAUUUAUUUUUUAUGUAGUUCUUUUUUUAAAUUAAAAAUGCUUUGAAACUUGCAUUUAUUUCGGCAUUGGCACAGACUUUCUUGCACCCCUAACCUUUGGUGAAGUCAUUAAUCUUGUUGAAUUUUGGCUAAUCAAAUGCUUCCCAUAGAGAAGCAUUGAGGACAUAUUGAACCUGUACUACAAUUGUUAUUUUAAUUUCACAAUUUUGUCUCCAAGUUUGAAGCUGGCUAGAAAGCAUGCACUGUAAGGGAAUUAACCCCUUAAGGACCACACUUCUGGAAUAAAAGGGAAUCAUGACAUGUCAUGUGUCCUUAAGCGGUUAAAGGGACACUAUAGUCACCAGAACUACAGCUUAUUGCAUUUGUUCUGGUGAGUAUAAUCAUUCCCUUCAGGCUUUUUGCUGUAAAACACUGUCUUUUGAGAUAAAAUGCAGUGUUUACAUUUACAGCCUAGUGAUAACUCCACUGGCCACUCCUCAGAUGGCUGCUAGAGGCAUUAAUUGUUGGCUUCUACUCCUUUGUAUAAUUGAGACUUUGCCCACAAUUCCAUUUCAGCCUAUUUUCUGUGAUCAGUUUGACAAAACAUAACACAAAAGAAAAACACACUUUAACCCCUUAAGACCGGAGGGCGUACAAUUAAGUAAAAGCAAACCGUAUUAUGACAUUGACAGUUAAAAUGUCAUGUAGAACUAAAAAAAAAUCGUAUUUUUUUCAUAUUAAAUUAUGUUUCAUAGCUAAAUAUUUGAUAUUAAAUGAAAGCCCUGUUUCCCCUGAAUAAAAUGAUAUAUAAUAAGGGUGGGUGCAUUUAAUAUGAAAGAGAUGAAUUACGGUUGGACAGACAUGUAGCGCAAAUGCCAGGUUUUGUUUCGUUCACAAUGUGUACAUUUGGCUUCCUUAAGGGGUUAAUGUGUAACAUCUAUUUUUAAAAUCUCGAGAGAAUCUAUUAAUAAUCUGUAUUGUCUAAUUGUUUUUGUGUUUAGCCUAAGGUAGUCACAGAUACAGAUGAAACUGAGCUUGCCAGACAACUAGAACGACUGGAGAAAGAGAACGCUGAGGUGGAUGGCGAUGAUGAUGCUGAGGAAAUGGAAGCAAAAGCUGAAGAUUAACAGAAAACUGCUUUGUUUUCAGUGUGAAAUUUUACCAUACAAACUGUAUCUCAACAUUCAUAACAUCUCCUGAAUUAAGUGUGUACAUGUUCUACGUCAUUGCUUCUCAAGCCUGUUCUUAAACAAUACUGACAGUCCAGGAUAUAGGGGUUACUAAUUUGUAUUCCAAAAGUAAUAUUCAUAAGUCCUGGCCAGUUUGUGAUCUUUGAGCACGGUUUUGAGAAUCAUUGUGUUCCAUGAUCUGUACACAUUUUAUUUAUACACUUUUUUUUUUUUUUUAAAUAACCAUCAUGAUUUUGCUUUUUUGUAUUACCGAAGAGUGGUUUUUGAAAUUGGCAAAAAAAAAAAAAAAAUUAUCCGCUCUAAACUCAGUAGAUCUAUGCAGAGUUUAUUCAGUUAAGAAUGCUCUAUAUGAAAAACAAAAUCUGGAUUUCUUGGAAACCAAUAGACUCAUCCCUUUGCAUGUAAUUCCAUGCUAUUUCAUAUGCGAAAGGAAAUUUUAAUUGAAAGGGUCUCUUUACCUGGUAUAAAGAAUGGAUUCUAAUUUUUGACGUAUAAUAUGUUACAAAAUUACUAAUUCUGUUACCAAAGAAAUGUUCAGCAAGGGUAUUUCUGGUCUCACUUUCCUGGUUUUGGUGAGAUAAUCCCCAUUUUAGAGUCGUGUCUUGCCGUCCCAACUUUGUUCCCUGGUGUCAUGCUUUUGGGGACCCCAUGGAACUGUAUGCAAAAGUGUAGUUUGCGCGCAUCAUUAGAUGUGCUGGUGCAAUACUCAGGCACUAAGUCCCUGCAGAGAGCACUGAAACAGGUCUCCCUGCUUGGUCCAUCCUUUGUGGACUGGUCUGUUAGAUUGGUUGGCAGCCUGGUGGCCAGGGUGACCUGCCAGUUCUUCAGGCAGACCCCUUUGGGCUGCACCAGGGCUGUAAUUUCAUCAAAGGACUAACCAUCUUUACUUCGCUCACCUGCGUUCCCUUUUCACGGGACACUGGUGUUGGGGCAGGAUGGUAUUUUGCAUUGGAAAGUCUUUGUGCUAAAUAAACAGUCUGUUUCCUUUGCUGUUUGGAUAAAAGUAUGAACAGAUGCAUAUCUCUUCAACAUCAACUAUGCUGGUGGCUCCUAGCUUGCAGCCCUUUUUUUUUUUUUUUUUUUUUUUUUUUUUGCUUUUCCCCCCCUCCCACUCCCUGCCAGAAUAUUUCUUUUAGGAUGGCCAAAUCCUUAGGGGUCAUAAUAACAAGUUACAUAUGUGAUGCUUUGAUGUCCAGUGGUUCCCCUUCAAUUUUGUUUUUCAAUGAAGCACAUAAACUAACUCAGACCAUGUGACAAUCUGUGCUGGUGCUUGGUAAACUUGGAUAGAGAUCUGUUGGUGGUUUGCUAAUUUUGCUUUGCUAGAACCACUGGAAAAAAUGCAGCAGUUUAGACAUUUUUUUUUUAAUUUUAUUACAGUUUUGAACAUCUAUUAAUAAAAACUGCCAAUAAAAUCUAAGAUAUUUACUAUUGCCUCAGACUUUGUGUAUAUAUAAGGUGUAUUAAUUUAUGUAAAUAGAAUGUUGCCUCAUUCAUUGUUUCCAUUAAACCAGAUAAAUUAAGCUAUAAAAUAAAUUUUAAAAAUUGGGAAGCACAGCUAGUGGCCAUCUGAGUGCAUUAAAAAACAAAACUUGCUUGGACAAUUUAUUUAUACUAGAAAAAGUACAUUAAUGGGAUUCUACAGAUUUGUAUUCCUAACACUAUAGUGCCCUCUGAUGUUGCCCCCCACCCCCCGACAUGUAAAGGGUUAAAUCCAUCAGAGGGAGCUAAUGCGCAUGUGCAGCCCUCCCCAUAAGCAAGCAGUGCCUCGAUGAUUGAUUUUCUAUGGAGGAUGGUUGUCCUCAUGCAGUGUGUGAAGAAAACCAGCGUUAUUUAGGCGACCUGAAGUCCGUUAACAUCCUUUCUUAUAGCCACUGGAGGCAAUCUUGGUCCUGCAAGGUAAUUGCAGUUUUUCUUAAACUGCAAUGAUUUACAUUGCAAGACUGUGACAGGGAUACUAUACUCACACCACUUCAAUUAGAUGAAAUGGUCUGGGUGACUAUAGUGUCCCUCUAAGCUGUAGUUCUGGUGUCAUGGUGUUCCUUUAAGGGGUUAAACAUCAACGUUCUGUAAAUUAUUUAUAUAGCGCCAGCAAAUUCCUUAUCGAUGUACAAUGGGUGUAAAGCGACUUAUGUUACAUUAAGAAUUCCUCGGAUCCGAGAGAUCUGUUCCUUUGUAUCACCCACCCCCUUCACCAUUUUAGACAGUUAUCCAGUCCACCGGGGGCUCUGCCCUUUUAAAGUCUCAAAGAUGUCUUGUAUAGCUUAAGAUAUUUGUCCAUAGCUGGGCUCACACAUAUGCGUAUGCCAAGUUCAAGCAUGUGACCUGUCAUUGCAGAGAGGUGACUGCACAUAGUGGGAAAAUGAUAAAGGCUGUGGAGUAUGAGCUACACUUUUUGUCAACCUGCUGGUUCUACAUAAAGAAAAGUAGUCAUUACUUUUCCUUAUGUUUAACUUUUAACAAGGCAGGUAAGGGGGUAAUUUGUAACAUUCCAAAAAAAGUGCAGAUCGCUUUGGAGUCUGAGGUUAAUACAUCUUCAGAAAAUAGUUUUCACUAUCAGGUUUUGC